UCGGUCGUCAAAUAGAUUCCAGAACUUAAAUUGGUAAUGGAUGUAACGUCGCGAGGGUGAUGCAUAGCAUGCCAAUUACCAAAGCAGUGAUGUCUGACAAACGUGAAGGUGAAACCCAAACAUUGGUGGAGGCGGCGCUUCGUGUGCUGAACACCGCCGACCCAUUCGAGAAGGCUCGUCUCGGUGACCUCUUUGCUUCUCAGUGGCUCCAAGGCUCCGCCGCCAUCGUUCACCCCUAUGAUCCUUCGGUGCACUUCGCCGUUCCUGACCGCCCCGCCAGGCUCUCUAACGUCAAGUUGGUGGCACCAGGCCACAUGCCGAAGCUGGGUAAAGCGGGCAGCUUGCAGAGUAGGCUAGCCAUUGUGCAUAGCCUUGCUCACACUGAAAGCUGGGCCAUCGAUUUAUCUUGGGAUAUUAUUGCUCGAUUUGGUAAGCAAGAGGCAAUGCCUAAAGACUUCUUUACAGAUUUUGUGAAGGUGGCACAAGAUGAAGGGCGACACUUCACUCUUCUUGCUGCUCGUCUUGAGGAGCUAGGUUCUUAUUAUGGAUCAUUACCGGCCCAUGAUGGCCUUUGGGACUCAGCCAUGGCAACUUCCAAGCAUUUAUUGGCACGCUUAGCUGUUGAACAUUGUGUUCAUGAGGCUAGAGGACUUGAUGUACUGCCUACAACGAUCUUGCGAUUCCGCAAUGGUGGUGAUGACAUUACAGCCGAUUUACUGGAAACUGUGAUUUACCCAGAAGAGAUUAACCAUUGCGCUGCUGGAGUGAAAUGGUUCAAGUAUCUCUGCAGCAGAUAUAGGAAUCCGGCCACUGAAGAAGGUCGAGAAAUAAUCGAUGCAGAAGAAAGUGAUACCACAGCAGAUGAGAGGCAAGUGAUUCAAGAGUUUCAUGACAUAGUGAGAAAGUAUUUCAGAGGACCUUUAAAACCACCUUUCAAUGAGGAGGCAAGAAAAGCUGCUGGAUUUGGUCCAGAUUGGUAUGAACCUCUUGCUUCAAAAGAAGCAAAUUCAUGACAAGGAUAGUUCUGUUAUUUGUUACAAACGUCAUCGCUGUAAAAGAAAUGUUAGUUCCUUCGUUGGAAGAUCUUAA